UUCGAAAUCGCACCAACCCAAGCACAAAGCAUCCGCACCCAACAACAAGGCCAGAAGCAGCACAACUGCUGUCAAAACCGUUCGUCGAUCUCUCGUGCAACUUUUCCUCCGGCCUCGCUCGCUCGUGUUUGUCGCGCAGGCUCUGCCUUGACUUGACACCACGCAACCAUUCAGCACUCACCCACACACAACCACACACUCAAUCACACAAAACCCCCCAACCACACACAACCACCACCGACACACCCAAUCACAUAUCGCAUGAUUAGCAACACACACGCAAACACACACAACACCCCACACGCACCAACCGCACGCCAACCACACCGACCCUGACGAGGCCGUCUACCCUGACUUGAAGAGCAUCACAUCAACACGAAGAACCGACUCAACAACAACACCCCACGCAUACACACCCCCAAGCACGCAAGCGCAAGCGCACGCGCAGACGUACCGCCCCCGUCUCUGAGAAGCGUCUAGGCGGGCAUGACAGGUCCACGUGUGCUGAGCGUGGCGGCUCUCCUGGCCGCUGUUGCGGCGGCAGCCCUGUUGUCGUCCGCAACCGUCUCAGCCACAUUCCACUUUCAGCGGGAGCGACGCACCACGGAGGAUCUCCAGUGCGGUAACGAAAUCACCACCACGGCGUGCGAUUGCACCGUGUGCCUUGCCCACAACAGCACCUGGCUCGAGGACAAGUGCUGCGUGUAUCAGGGCAUCCCCGCGUCUCUGCUUGCGUUUGAGCGUGAGGACCUGUGGAUCCCACGCCUCAAGGAGUUCAACGCAUGCACUGGCGCCCGCGUUCAGCUCACGUACAACGGCGAGGAUGGCGAAGGCGAUGAAGACACAAUGGAGGAAGACCUUCGACAGGACGUCGGCGUCAGCUACCGUGCUCGCGGCGGCGGUCUCUUCCAAGAGGCAGGCGCAGGCAUCUAUGAUGCGUACAUCGUACAGCCGCCCUGGCUUCCCGCCAUUGUCGAUGGCCUUGAAAACCUCAGCCCUUGGAUCUCAGAGAACACAGCCAAGAUUGGGUGGACAGAUGUGAACCCUGCCACACGCGAGGCUGUUUCCUUCAACGGAACCGUGCGCGCUCUCCCGCUCGACACAGACUACGUUGCGCUCGGUUACCGCCAGGAUGUCUAUGACAGGAACGGCCUGCAGCCGCCGGAGACGCUUGAGGAGCUUGUUGCCCACUCGGAGCUGCUGAACGGCAAAGACCACAACGGCGACGGCGAGCCAGACUGGGGCUACUGCCUCACUCCGCAGGUCAACUACCUGUAUGCGUUUGUCGCGCCUGUGCUGCAGACAACAACGCAGGAGUGCGAGGGCUUUGACGACUGCAAGGGGCGGUACACGGAGCAGAAUCUCUUCUUCAACGCCACCACCUUUGAGCCGUACCUCGACCACCCGGGCCUCAAGUACGCCAUCCGCCUCUUCUCGCGCCUCGUGCGCUCCUCAAACUGCCAGACGGAGCUCGCAACAACGGGCAAGUGCGACCGCAAGACGGCGUUUCCGACGGGGCGCUGCGCGGGUGUGCUCUCCAUGCCCGGCACACUCACACAGCUGCUCCUCCCAGACGGAAAGUACAGCAUCAACGUCCAGCGCGAUGGUGAGAAGUGGCAGCCGGACACGACCAACGGGUACUGGGGCCGCCGCCUCCGAUUCCCGGGAUCUGAAUGGGUGUACAACGAGGAGAAAGGUCAGCUUGACAUAUGCACAGCGAAACUGUGCCCGAAAGGCCUUGAGUCCAGCACGACACCCGGGAAGAUUAUCAACUACGCCCCGUUCUUUGCUGAGGGCGGCGAGUCGUACUCCAUUCGCAGCGGCACGGCCGCGUCGAAGAAGGAGGUGAUGCAGGACUUUUUCGGGUGGCUGUCGACGCUGCCUGUGACACGUCUGCCGCUGUCGGGCCAGUACCGCCGCUCACACCUUCGCGAGGAGCAGAAGCAAGUCCUGCUUGAUGAUGACUGGCCGCGGGAGAUGGCUGACGACCUGUUUGAUGUUCUUCGCUUCUAUUUCCUGGAAGACGGCAACCCGGCACAGGACCUCCUCAUGCUCGGCUUCUCAGAGUACCAGGGCGCUUUCGAUCAGCACGUGUUCAGCGAGUUUCUCCUGAGCGACGAUUUCUUCUACUUACCCGAUUACGAGUGGGAGGAGCUGUUUGAUGACUACUAUGACACCUUUGUUGCCGCCACCACCGCCUCGUAUCGCGCCAUCACAGACAACUACGGCCGCAUCCAACAGCUGGAGCGGUGGCGUGCGUCACUUAGCCUGCCGCCGCUGCCCUUGGAGCAAAUUUGCCAGGAGUCGGCCCUCCAGCAAGAGGAAGACUGCGUGCUCCUCGCAGCCGCCAACAAGGCGAACGAGAGCAACCAGUGGGCCGUCAUUGUUGCCAUUGUCAUGGUGGUUGCCUUUGUGCUUGUUGUGGGCGGUAUUGUGCUGUUCCGCCGCUACCGCCAGGAAUCGCUGCGUCGCCGCAUCUUCGAGCAGGAGAUCAAGCGGGCGCAGCAGCAGGUGCACGACGAGAUGGUGCAGCGGUUUGGCUACGACAAGGCCCUCUCCUCGCGCUACGAGAGCCUCAAGGUGCAGAUGCACCAGGUGACGCUUGGUCGCGAGCUUGGGCGCGGCGCGUUUGGCGUUGUCAUGCUUGGUGACCUCGAGCGCAACGGCAGCGUGAUGCAGGUUGCCGUCAAGCGCUUGAACCAGGACGUCGACUCUGAGGAGCAGAACACGUUUCUGUACGAGUGCCGGCUGCUGGCCAUGCUGGACCACCCGCACAUCACCCGCAUUGUGGCGGUGCAGGUUGACGCCAAGCCCGUGCUGCUCAUGACGGAGUACAUGGAGAUGGGCAGCCUGGUGCAGGUGCUGCGCAACACCCGCGCCUCCGCCGUCACGGAGGACAGGCUGUUCAACAUCCUGGCCAAGAUUGCAGACGCGUGCGUGUACCUCGCCUCGCACAACAUUGUGCACCGGGACAUUGCCGCGCGCAACGUGCUUGUGGGCAGCCAGCUGGACGACGUGCGGCUGAGUGAUUUUGGCAUGUCACGGCUGAUGGCCAACACGGACUACUACCGCAAGAAGAGCGACGACAUGGUGCCCAUCAAGUGGAUGCCGCUUGAAGCGAUUGAGAAGAAGCUGUUCUCGUCUGCUUCUGACGUGUGGGCAUGGGGCGUGCUUGCAUGGGAAGUGAUGACCCUUGGCACAACCCCGUGGGCCUCCCACUCCGCUGUCGAGACCGCCCUGGCCAUUGCCAAGGGCGAGCGCCUGCCCAAGCCAGCGCUUUCCAGCGAGGACCUGUACAAACUGAUGCUGCGCAGCUGGGAACACGACCCCGACGAUCGCCCCACAUUCCGCCGCAUCCUCCGUUUCUUCAGGGGCAAGUGCAGUGCUGUACCAAACGCCGGCACGACCACCUCCAUUGCCGACAGCACGGGCGGGGCCAUGGACUUUUCCACGUUUGCGCAGGAACUUGAGGAACGCAAGGCGGACGCCAAGCAGUUGCUCGAGCAACGCCCGAGCUACACCUCUGUUGCCGACCUUAAGGUGCAGGCGGCACAGGUGGCGGGGCGCGCAUCCUCCCUGACGAGCGGCAGCAGUGUCGGCACGAGUGCAGGGGAGGUGGUGCAGGCGCCAACCAACGUGGCCAGCAACAACCGGCACCUGACCAACGCGCCACCAAGCAGCACGGGGCUGACGUCGCCCAUCUUCACGUCCAUUCCGGAGAACAGCGCCGGCAUUCAGGAGGUGCGGUCCGGAACAGCGUCGCGUGCGUCCACGGCGACCGGGUACCACAGCCUUGACGCCGCGCAGCUGAGGCAGGCACGCGAGGCAGAGUUGAUGAAGCAGCAGCUGCAGAUGCAGCAGGACAUGCAGGAUAUCAACAUGCAGCAGCAGCAACAGCAGCAGCAUCGUUCCAGCGGUGGUGCCAGUGAUGGCGAUGCUGGCGAUGAUGAGUCAUCUGGGCAAGGCAGCAACGGCAUGUCCACAACAGCCUCCACAACUGCCCUUGUCGGUGCCCGCGUGUCUCAGAGCGUGGUCUGAUCCCGGGACAGGAGUGCAGUGUACACUUAUGUUGACCCACUAUUUUUUUUCUCACGCUUGCUCAUCAUGUGUACUAUGUAUGCACGCGGGCAUCAGUCCAGUAUCCAUUCCCCUGCCUUUUUCUGUUCUGUUGUUGUCGUGUGCCUGGUUCACCAAGUCACAUCCUUUUGCAGGGCCUGUAGACCUAUUAAUAGUCUAGCGGGCUUCCCAUCUCUUUGUUGAUGUGCGCCCUUUAUGCAUGGUCUGUAUGUCGUGUGCAUCUGUGUGUCUGAGUGUUUGUGUGUCUGUGUUGUGGAGCAGUGAUCAGCUCCUCCUCUAUUUCCUCAUCAUCUGUGUUUAGCUUACCACACUUUAUCCAUCCAUUCAUUGUCACGUUGUGUCGCAUCUGGUUUUGUCACCCUGUUUUGUUGUAUCCUUUCGUUGCGACUCAGUUGUGCAUGUUCGUACACAUGCGUGUCUCGUGUGCGCGUGCGCAUGUCUCCUGUGCGUGUGUGUUGUGUGUUUGUGUUUGUGCUUGUUCCGAUGACUUUUUUUUUUUUUUUUUUUUUGGAGCGGCGUUGCCAUGUGAUAUGAUUUGUGUUUUGGUUCUGAAGCUGCAGACAUGCAACAGCCGUCAUCGUCCUCUGCGCCACCUUUGACAGUUGAUUGCGCGCUAUUGUAUUCGCGGUGUCUUUUUCACCGUGCCGUCUUGCGUGGCUGUGCAGAUCACUGUUGCUGCCCUCGUGUGUGUGCGCUGAUGUGAUGUAAUGUGAUGCGAUGUCACUUGCCCCACUCAUCUUCAUCAUCCGCGCAAGUUGGCAGGUGGUGUGGUAUGGUUGGUUGGUAUGAUGUGUUGUUUGCUCGUUGUGUGAAGAUGGUUCAUGCUUAGUGAGAGUGUUGCUUACGGGUUGGGGGGGGG